AUGAAUAAUGAUACUUUUAUACAAUAUCUAGAAAAUAUAUAUUAUAAUGAGAAUAUUGCUUUUAAUGCUAUUGAAUCUCAUUCAACUAUUCUUCAAAUCUAUAAAAAUAAUUAUGAAUUAUCUUCCUAUAAAGCUACCAAUUUUGAUCAAGAUAAUAUAGAUAAUGAUGAUAAUUUGCUUUUAGAUUAUAUUUAUAGAAAAAAACAAAGAAUUAAUCAACAAAAUGAAGUUGAGUUAUAUCUGGAAGCUCCUUGGGCAAUAAAAAAACAAGAUAUUCUUCAAUA